AUGAACGUACCAAAAGAAAAGCUUGGUGUGCUUGAAACACUAAAGGUAUCUUCUCUUGCCUUUUCUGCUAUAUAUUGCACAAUCUAUGUAACUAAAGCCAACAAGCACUUGAAUGCCCAUGAGAACAUUCUUAUAGGAGGAAUAAGUGAACUAAUCAAAGCGCUGGUUUGCUUUACAUGCUCAUUUUAUAGGGAAGGCUAUGAGAGUGCUGAGUAUUUAAGGGGGUAUAUGCUCUCUGGUAUUUUGUCUUCGCUGCAGUCUCUCACAUGGAUGCAAGUAAGUCAGAUAUUCCCCAAUUUAAUUGUGCUGAUAUCUGCACAGACUAGAAUAUUCUUUGUAUUUCUAAUGGCAAUUGUAUUUCUUAAUAGAAGAUAUACUAAAAUACAAUACAGCUCACAGGGGCUUCUCCUGCUGGGGGUGUUCACGCCCCUUAUAUUUGGAGAGUCCGAAUCGUUUAAGUCAGAGUCUUCUUCUUUUAUAGACUAUCUAAUGCUUGUGAGUCUUCCCAUUUUCUCAGCGUGUACUGGGAUAAUUUUUGAGAUAUUUAUUGCGCCCAAAAUGAAGAGUAAGUGGAAGAGUGCUGUUAAUCACUCUGGAACUAGCGCGGCCAUUUCAUUCUUAAUUAUAUUCUGCAUUUUCUGUGCUGGUAAGCUUAACAUAAGCUAUGACCACAUUAAAGAAAUUAUGUUUGUAUCACUGGUUAAGUCUGGGGACAGCCUUGUUUUUGGGUACUUUGUUAUAAAGUAUACUACCCUGAUCAGAAUAUUAAUCACGCUGGCAAUCAGCCCACUGUCGUCUUUUAUUAUUUCUUAUCAGUUCUCAGAGGAUAUCACUGGGGUAAAAAUAGCAUCUGUUGCAGUUAUACUUCUAAGCAUUCUUAUGUUCCAUAUACCGUAUUAUAGAAACAGACAAAUCACGAAUAAAUAAAAAUUUUGUUAAUCCGGC